AUGAGCAUCCCCCCACCAUACGCAGAACCUGUCAAUGGCAGGUAUGACUACUCGGUCCUUCCUCCAUAUGACGAGGGAGACACCAAGUGGGACUUUGAAAUCCCAGAGAAACCCGUUCCGGCGCCAGAAUACGAUGACGCCUUCCCCAUCAACGAACCGGUAUACAACGACAAAGUCUUUACGUACAUUUUCACCAUUGUGGUGAUAGCGUUUACUGGACUGGCACAUUACUCGUACAAGAGUCUAUCAAACAACCACACAUUCUGGGACACCUCCACCAAUAGCAAUGAUAUGGGGGCUCAGCUUACAAAGUCCGCAAGGUAUUUGUACAUGUUUGUCUCAGUUACAACAAUAACUCCCCUGGUUUGUUCGACCUUUUUGCUUCUCCUAGUCUACCUCUGUCCAACUGCCUUUAUUAUCAUCUCAUUUCUCCUUGUGCCCUUAUCCUUGUUCACAUUUGCAUUCUCAUCCUUCUGGGCAGGUGCAAUCCUUCCUGCCCUCUUGUUUGGUGUCUUGGGUACUUUGAUGAUGGCUUUUAUGUUCAAUAAUUUUAGCAGGUUUUCCUUUUCUGCACUCAUGCUCAAAUUGGUGGUAUCGGCAAUGACAAAAUACCCGUCAACCAUUCUUGUCUCCUUCAUGUCCUCUAUUAUUACCGCAUUCAUUUCCAUAGUUUAUAUGGUCUCACUAGUUAUGAUUGUUAACUGGAGAACUCUAGGCGAUGAUACAAACUGCCCUCAUACAAAUGGUAAUGACGUUUGCGUUUCAACUGUGUCCAUAUUCGUUUACCUCUUUGCAAUGUUUUCCGGCUUUUACAUUUUCCAGGUAUUACAAAAUACAACCCACGUCAUCUUGGCCGGAGUGUUUAGCUCUUGGUAUUUCUUUGAUACUUAUCCCGAACAAUCCAAACCGAAAACACCUGCGUUCGGGGCAAUCCGCCGUGCAUUCACAUACUGUUUUGGAUCUAUCUGUUUUGGAUCUUUACUUGUCUCCCUAGUGCAGACACUCAGGAUGUCACUGCAACUAGUGAAAUCCAGGUUACAGUCAAUUAGACAGCAGGACAACGAGUCCAAUGGCGAUGCAUCUCUGCUUACUUGCUUCUUGCUCUGUUUUGUCACGAUUUUAGAAUGGAUUGCCAGAGAGUUUGAAUAUUGGAUGCAAUGGUUCAAUAGGUACGCAUAUUCCUACCUUUCAAUGUAUGGCAAACCAUACCUCGCAUCUGCUAGAGACACCUUUGAGAUUUUGAAAUAUAAAGGAAUGGACAUUUUAAUCAAUGAUUCAUUGAUUGGAUCUGCUAUUUCCUUCUAUUCGUUGCUUUCCAUGGGCAUAACCGGGUUGGUGCUCUACAUAACCUUCCAAGGUUCGAAUUUACAGGAAAUGGGUCCUGAAAUGUUGACCAUUGGGUUAUUCGGUGGGUUGCUGGUUGCCUAUUUCAUUGUUUCUACAACAAUCAACUGCCUGGACGUUGGGUUUGUUACAUUCACUAUUGGUCUGGCCGUGGAUCCAGAGGCAUUCACCAGAACCGAUGCGGGAAACGCUACUGCCACUAGCAUCGAGAGAUUGCAGGCAUGGGAGAAGAUGAACGUUUACUAUCCUGGUAUCAGAGAACGAGUGGUUGUCGACUGGCCCGAGGAGGCCAUCCCUUAA